CCCCGUGUGUAAAAAAGCCACAUUCGGCCAGGAGUUUGUCUACAGCCAUCUGGAAGGACCAUCAUCCGAUCACAAGACCAGUUGAACCAGAGUUCCUAAUGGCCACAGAAGGGGAGAACCAGACAGCUACAAAGACUGAGAAUAUCGUGACCAGAAUCACCAACCUGCCCUUGGUCAGUUCUGCGUACGGCGUUUGGUCCUCCAUGUACGAGUAUGCCAAGAAGACCUACCCCUGCGUCAACACCGCCUGCAACAUCGUCGAGAUGGUGGCCGCCGUCGCCGUGGGCAGUGCCCGAGGGGGUGCCCAGCCUCUCCUGCCCCACCUUGAACCCCAGAUUGCAACCGUGAACGACUAUGCUUGCAAAGGUUUGGACAAGUUGGAGAAAAAACUGCCAAUUCUUCAUCAACCAACUUACCAGGUCUUCGAAGACGGCGUCACCUUGACCAAGUCGGUGGUUUCUUCCACCGUCCAGGCGGCCGGCGAAGCCAAGGGCCGCAUGACCCAGAAAGUGACCGCCGCUGUCGGCCUGACCAAGGACAUCGUCCAGGACGGCAUCACCUUGACCAAAUCCGUGGUGAACUCCACCGUCACCACGGCCCGGAGCGCCGCCAGUGGAGCCAAGGAUCUCAUGACUCAUCGGGCGGCUGACGUGGUCAAGCUGGGCAAGCAGACCCUCAACGAAGGCGUUGACCUGACCCGAUCGGUGGUGUCCACCACGGUCAACGCCGCCCGUCAGAUGCAGAGCUCGGGGGCCGUCCAGGAAGGGGUGGAGAUGGCCACGUUGUUCCGGCAAGCCGUGGCCAGCGGGGUGGACACCGUGUUGGAUAAGACGGAGCAGAUGGUGGACUAUUACCUUCCUGUGUCCGAAGAAGAGCUCGCCCAGCUGGCCACCGAGGUCCACGGCGUCAGCCAGGCCGCCAUCGACCAGCAGCAGAGGGAGCAGAGCUAUUUUGUCCGUCUGGGGUCCCUCUCCAGCAAACUCCGUUCCCGGGUCUACCGACAUUCCCUGAAUCGGCUUCAUGUGGUCCAGGAAAACACUCAGGACAUGCUCACCCAGCUCCAGUAUGUGAUUAACCUGGUGGCACAUGUGAAAAAUAGCGCAGGGAGUCAGUUCCAGGAAGCACAACAGAAACUUAACCAAACUUUGCUUAAAUGGACCCAAAUUCAGCCGGAAGAGGAUCAGGAAAGAAGAAAGAAAGAAAACACCCCACAGCAGGUCGAGCCGUUGACUUUGGCCAUGUUACGAUCCCUCAUCCAAAAUCUGAGUCCUGCUUACACCUGGCUGAUGUCCACCGUGGAAGUGCUGCCCAGAAACCUCCGGGAAAGAGUGGACCAGACUCAGAGUAACUUCCAGCAGCUCCAUCGCUCCUUCUCUUCUGCCGAGUCCUUCCAGGAUCUGCCCUCCGGCCUCCUCACCCAGAGCCAGGAGAUGAUUUCCCAAGCCCGAGAGGUUCUCCACACGUUGGCCGAACACCUCAUCCAGAUCACCCCUCUGAAUUGGAUCGUGGGGCCCUUCCGAUCCCAGGCAGGAGGAUCGGGGACCCCCCAGGUGGUGCAGCUGAAGGAGACGAGCAAAGAGGCCAGGGCACCCUCGUUGGAGAAGGUGGCAGCUAAAAGGGCAAAGAGGAUGGAGAAGACAACUGAGGAGGACCCGAGAGAGUCCACAGAGGCGAUGGGGGCCUUGAAGGAGCUGUUAGCGGGGUCCGAGAAGGCCCCCCAAGAGAAGAACUAGGAGAGGCAAAGUCUCCAGGGCUGUCCACAAGGCGUGGUCAAGAGUCUCCAGGUGUUGACCACAACAGAGUGUUGAUGGCCUCUUUGGGACCACCAUCUUCUUUGACCACACCCUGUGGACAUCCUGGGAGCCUCUGAAGGGCCGGGCAAGUUGCCCUAAAAGUUUUGCAGCUCUUCCUCCCCAACUACAAUGCCCCCCCACCCCCCACCCCAUGAUGCUGGAGGCCUUCUCCCAAAAAGUCAGAUGAAGGAGACCCAAUUUCCAAGAGGCGAACUCCAGUCCCUGUGAAAAGAGAAACAGGAAAGCUAAAGGCUUGCAGAGAGAUAGAGAUAGAGAGAGAGAGAGAGAGAGAGAGAGAGAGAGAGAGAGAGAGAGAGAGCAGUGG